GCCGGGGAAGCUUGUCCGCUGCGGGAUGCCGUAGGACCACUCCCCCCGCGGCUCAGGCCCGGGCGACCAUGGCGGCCGCCGAGUCCGUGCCGGCUGUUACUCCGGGCGCCGCGGAGGGCGAGGAGGAGACGAUCCUCUACGAUUUGUUGGUCAACACUGAGUGGCCCCCGGAGACAGAAGUACAGCCUAGAGGCAACCGAAAACAUGGUGCAUCCUUUAUCAUCACAAAAGCAAUUAGAGAUCAUUUAUUAUUUUUACGCCAAUACAUCUGGUACAGCCCUGCACCCUUUUUGCUCCCUGAUGGACUGGUUCGCUUGGUUAACAAACAGAUAAACUGGCAUUUGGUCCUUGCAAGCAAUGGAAAACUUUUGGCUGCUGUUCAAGAUCAGUGUGUGGAGAUCAGGUCUGCAAAAGAUGAUUUUACAUCUGUUAUUGGGAAAUGUCAAGUUCCAAAAGACCCCAAACCCCAGUGGAGACGUGUCGCGUGGAGUUACGAUUGUACCCUGCUGGCCUACGCGGAAAGCUCGGGCACCGUGCGGGUGUUUGAUCUCAUGGGAAGUGAACUCUUCGUCAUUGCGCCAGUAUCUAGUUUGGUAGGUGAUUUGAGCUAUGCCAUUGCUGGGCUGAUAUUUUUAGAAUAUAAAGGAAGUGCACAGUGGUCUGCCGAACUCUUAGUCAUCAAUUACCGAGGAGAGCUUAGAAGCUACCUUGUAAGCGUUGGGACCAACCAGAGCUACCAGGAGAGCCACGCUUUCAGCUUCAGCAGCCACUACCCCCGCGGAGUCAGCACCGCUGUUUACCACCCCGGCCACAGGCUCUUACUGGUUGGUGGAUGCGAAACUGCUGAACCGGGCCUGUCGAAAGCUUCCAGCUGUGGCCUUUCUGCCUGGAGGGUUCUCUCGGGGUCCCCGUAUUACAAGCAGGUCGUGAGCGGUGAAGACAGGGUCGCUGCAGUACCAAAGACACUGGGAUUAUUAAGGAUGUUAAGUGUAAAGUUUUACAGUCGCCCAGGACAAAAACAGGAUGGGAUCUUUAAGAUGAGCCUCUCCCCAGAUGGGACCCUCCUUGCAGCCAUUCACUUCUCGGGGAAACUGAGUCUCUGGUCUGUCCCAUCCCUGAAGCAGCGAGGCGAGUGGAGUCAGGACGAGCAGCCCGGGUAUGAUGACCUUAACCCUGACUGGAGACUCUCGACAGAGAAGAGAAAAAAACUCAAAGAUAAAGAGUCCUUUUACCCACUGAUAGAUGUGAAUUGGUGGGCAGAGAGUGCAGUGACUUUGGCUCGCUGCUCCGGUGCUUUGACUGUUUCCUCUGUGAAAACUUUGAAGAAUUUACUGGGAAAAUCCUGUGAAUGGUUUGAACCAUCACCUCAAGUCACUGCCACCCACGAUGGGGGAUUUUUAAGUUUGGAGUGUGAGAUUAAACUUGCCCCCAAACGAUCUCGUUUGGAGACGAGGAGCGGAGAAGAUGAGGCAGGCGAGGAGGAUUCUGACCAGGAAGCGUCUGCCAAGGCUCGCUACUUUGGUUACGUGAAACAGGGCCUGUACUUGGUGACGGAGAUGGAGCGGUUCGCCCCGCCGCGGAAGCGCCCGCGCGCCCUCACCAAGCACUACCGCCUGGUGAGCCUGCGCUCCACCACCCCCGAGGAGCUCUUCCAGAGGAAGAUUGAAAGUGAAGAGUAUGAGGAAGCCUUGUCCCUGGCUCAGACCUACGGCCUGGAUACUGACCUUGUCUAUCAGAGGCAGUGGAGGAAGUCGGCCGUCAACAUCGCUUCAAUUCAGAAUUACCUGAGUAAAAUAAAGAAACGAUCCUGGGUUCUUCAUGAGUGUUUGGAAAGAGUUCCUGAAAAUGUGGAUGCUGCCAAAGAGCUGCUUCAGUACGGAUUGAGGGGCACAGACCUGGAGGCUCUCGUGGCCAUUGGGAGAGGGGCGGACGAUGGCAGAUUCACGUUACCUGGUGACGUAGACAUCGACGGCAUCUCCUAUGAGGAGCUCUCCCCCGAGGACAAGCCUGCCCGGAAUGCGAAGGAGAGUGAGCUCAGAAAACGACGAGAGCUGCUGAAAUUAGUGAACUUUUCAAAGUUAACACUGGAACAAAAGGAGCUUUGCCGUUGUAGGCUGAAAUUAUUAACCUACCUAGAUCGGCUUGCAACCUAUGAGGAAAUCCUAGGAGUGUGUCAUGCAUCUGAACAGAGAUAUGAUGCUGAAUUCUUUAAGAAGUUCAGAAAUCAGAAUAUUGUUCUCUCCGCAAGAACAUAUGCUCGGGAGAGCAACGUACAAGCCCUGGAGAUUCUGCUCACUUACCACGGGGCAGACCUGCUCCCUCACCGCCUCGCGAUCCUCUCCAGCUUCCCGGAGACCACCUCUCCUCACGAGUACUCUGCGCUGCUGCCCAGAGCUUGCUAUGACGGCGAUUCCUUGAUGAUCGUUCCUUGGCAUGAGCGUAAACACCGAGAUAGAGACUGGUGCGAGGAGGCUGCGUGCAGAGUGGUGGUUGAGCCGAGCCUCCAGGACGAAAGUGAAUUCCUGUACGCUGCGCAGCCCGAGUUACUGAGAUACAAGACCACCCAGCUUGCUGUAGAGAAAGUCAUGGACUGGUAUCAGAACAGAGCAGAGGAGAUAGAGCAUUUUUCUCGACAGGUUGACUGUGCAUUGUCACUUAUUCGACUUGGAAUGGAGCGGAAUAUUCCUGGUUUGCUGGUUCUGUGCGAUGAUCUGGUUACUCUGGAAACAUUGGUCUAUGAAGCCGGGUGUGACUUAACCCUAACCUUGAAAGAACUCCAGCAGAUGGAAGACAUUGAAAAGCUAAGAUUACUGAUGAAUAGUUGUUCUGAGGACAAGUACGUGACGAGUGCCUACCAAUGGAUGGUUCCCUUUCUCCAUCGUUGUGAGAAGCAGUCCCCUGGUGUGGCGAAUGAACUACUGAAAGAAUAUUUGGUAGCUUUAGCUAAAGAGGACUUAAAACUCCCCCUGAAGAUAUUUCAGCAUUCCAAACCAGAUCUGCAGCAAAAAAUUGUUCCUGAUCAGGACCAGCUGAUGGCUAUAGCUCUGGAGUGCAUCUAUAGCUGUGAACGAAAUGACCAGCUGUCUCUGUGCUAUGACAUACUAGAGUGUCUGCCACAAAGGGGAUAUGGCCAGAACACGGAGGUCACCGCAGCUCUCCAUGACAUGGUAGACCAGCUGGAACAGAUCCUCAGUGUGUCAGAGCUUUUGGAGAAACAUGGACUUGAGAAAUCAGUUUCAUUUGUGAAAAACACUCGGUCCAGCUCGGAAGAGGCCCACAAGCUGAUGGUUAGGCUGACCAGGCACACCGGUCGGAAGCAGCCUCCGGUCAGUGAGUCUCAUUGGAGAAUGCUGCUGCAAGACAUGUUAACCAUGCAGCAGAAUGUUUACACGUGUCUAGAGUCCAAUGCUUGCUAUGAGAUAUUUGCAGAAAGCCUCCUGUGCUCCAGUCGUCCUGAGAACAUCCGCCUGGCUGGACAGAUGAUGCACUGCCACGCUGGGCCCGACAGCCCCCUGGCAGGCGCCGCCCACAAGGGGCGGGCCCCCUACAGGGUCCCCUAUGAGAGGAGCACCGAGUUGGUGUUGGCCUCUAGCCGGGAGUACUUCAAUUCUUCCACCAGCCUCACCGACAGCUGCAUGGACCUGGCCAGGUGCUGCUUACAGCUGAUAACAGAUAGACCCCCUGCCAUUCAGGAGGAGUUGGAUCUUAUCCAGGCCCUUGGAUUCCUUGAAGAAUUUGGGGUCAAGAUCCUGCCUUUGCAAGUGCGACUGUGCUCCGAUCGGGUCGGCCUCAUCAAGGAAUGUAUUAGCCAGGCUCCCACGUGCUACAGGCAGGCCGCCAAGCUUCUGGGCCUUGCUGAGCUGCUGAGGGUGGCCGGCGAAGACCCUGAAGAAAGGCGUGGACAGGUUCUGAUGCUUCUAGUUGAGCAAGCGCUCCGUUUCCAUGACUACAAAGCAGCCAAUGUGCACUGUCAGGAGCUGAUGGCCACAGGUUAUUCUAAAAGCUGGGACGUUUGUAGCCAGCUGGGACAAUCAGAAGGACACCAGGACCUGGCCACUCGUCAGGAGCUCAUGGCUUUUGCCCUGACGCACUGCCCGCCCGGCAGCAUCGAGCCUCUUCUGGCAGCCAGCAGCUCUCUGCAGACAGAAAUUCUUUAUCAAAGAGUGAAUUUCCAGAUCCAUCGGGAGGGAGGAGAGGGUGUCAGUGGUCCGCCAUCACUCAGUAAAGCUGUACAAGAGGAUGGAGUCAGCGUCCCCGGCGGCGGCAGCUCGGCGGACCUGUUCCACUGGACCGCCGCCACCACCAUGAAGGUCCUGUCCGACACCACGACCACCACCAAAGCAGUGCUGCAGGCGGUCAGCGACGGGCAGUGGUGGAAGAGGUCGUUGACCUACCUCCGACCCCUGCAAGGACAAGAAUUUGGGGAUGCUCAUCAAAUUGGAGCCAGAGCCAAUGAAGGUCUAGAAAAACAAGGCUGUCACCCUUUUUAUGAAUCCGUCCUCUCCAGUCCCUUUGUCACAGAGUCUGAAAUGACCUACAGCACCUAUGACCAGGUCCCACCAGAAAGCUUUGCGGAGGUCCUGCUGAGAACUGGAAAGCUGGCGGAAACUAAAGCGGAAGGAGAAGAAGUGUUCCCAGCAACAGAAGUUCUUUUGCAGCUAGCAAGUGACGCUUUGCCAAAUGACAUGACCUUGGCUCUUGCCUAUCUCCUUGCCUUACCUCAGGUGCUGGAUGCCAACAGGUGCUUUGAGAAGCAGUCCUGCUCCGCGCUCGCCCUGCAGCUGGCUGCGUACUACUACAGCCUGCAGAUCUACGCGCACCUGGCUCCGUGUUUCAGGGACCAGUGUCAUCCUCUUUAUAGGGCAGAUCCUAAAGAGCUCAUCUUGAUGGUCACCGGGCACGUGUCUCGAUAUGGACAGGACGCCUGGCCCGAGGAGGUGGCCGCACUGACCGGGCAGUUACGCUACUACAACGAGCGGCUCCUGGACCUUACUCAGGCGCAGGUGCUCCGGGGCCUGCGCAGGGGCGUGGACGUGCAGCGCUUUACGGCGGACGAGCAGUACAAGCGGCAGACGAUCCUCGGCCUGGCGGAAACACUUGAGGAAAACGUCUACAACAUUGCUCUUUCUCUGGCGCAGCGUUAUGGCGUCUCCCGGUGGGAAGUCUUUAUGACCCAUUUGGAGUUCUUGUUCAGCGACAGUGGUUUGUCCACAGCAGAAAUUGAAAAUCGAGCCCAAGCCCUUCAUCUCUUUGAGACUUUGAAGACCGAUCCUGAAGGCUUCCACAAGCACAUGGUCAAGUACAUUUACCCCACUAUCGGCGGCUUUGAUCAUGAAAGGCUGCUGUAUUACUUCACUCUUCUGGAAAGCUGUGGCUGUGCAGAUUUGGGGAAAUAUGCCAUUAAACCGGAAACCCACGUUCGGCUGCUAAAGAAAUUUAAGGUAGUUGCAUCAGGUCUCAAUUAUAAAAGACUGACAGAGGAAAACAUGAACCCACUGGAAGCACUGGAGCCAGUUCUUUCAAGUCAGAAUAUCUUAUCUGUUUCCAAGCUGGCUCCCAAAAUCCCUGACCAGGAUGGACGGAUGCUUUCCCCCAGCUCCCUGUACACCGUCUGGCUGCAGAAGUUGUUCUGGGCUGGAGACCCUCACCUCAUCAAACAAGUCCCGGAGUCCACACCCGAGUGGCUCCAUGCCUUUGACGUCUGCGUGAAGUACUUCGAUCGCCUCCACCCUGGAGACCUCAUCACUGUCGUGGAUGCAGUUACAUUUUCUUCCAAAGCCGUGACCAAGCUGUCUGUGGAAGCCCGUAAAGAGAUGACUAGCAAGGCCAUUAAGACAGUCAAACACUUUAUUGAGAAGCCAAGGAAAAGGAGUUCCGAAGAAGACAUUCAAGAAGCUGUUGAGUCUAAAGUGACCUACGCAGAUGCCUUGAGUCAUCUGGAGAAAUCGCUCGCUCAUCUGGAAACCCUGAACCAUAGCUUCAUUCUUUCCCUGAAAGACAGUGAACAGGAAAUACUGAAGAAAUACAGUGACCUCUAUGAUCUGUCCCGGUCAGAAAAAGGGAAACUUCAUGAUCAAGCCGUGGCCAUGUGUUUGGACGGUCAGCCUCUGGAGAUGAUUCGGCAGCUGCUGGAGGUGGCCGUGGGCCCCCUGGACCUCUCGCCCAAGGACAUAGUGCAGAGCGCAGUGACGAAAAUCGUUUCCGCACUGAGCGGAGGCAGCGCUGACCUCGGUGGGCCACGGGACCCGCUCCAGGUGCUGGAAGGUGUUGUUGCUGCUGUCCAUGCCAGUGUGGACCGGGGAGAAGAGCUGGUCUCCCCCGAGGACCUGCUGGCCUGGCUGCGCCCCUUCUGUGCUGACGACGCGCAGCCAGUGCGGCCCCGCAUCCACGUGCUGCAGAUGUUGGGACAGUCGUUUCACCUGACUGAGGAGGACGGCAAGCUCCUCAUGUUCUUCAGGACAGAAGCCAUUCUCAAAGCCAUGUGGCCCCAGAGGCAGGUGGACCCGGCCGACGUCGAACACGAGGAGAGCCGCCGCUCGCUCUUCACGGGCCUCCUGGAGUCCAGCCACCAGGAGGCUGAGUUCCAGCACUUGGUUUUGCUCUUACAAGCAUGGCCGCCUAUGAGUCGUGAAUAUUUAACCAGCGUAGCGAAUAAUCCUUGGGUGAGGCUUGCUGCAGCGAUGCUGACCAGGUGUACACGGGAGACCAAGGAAGGCCUGGGGAAUGAAGUUUUGAAACUCUGUCGCUCUUUAUAUAACACCAGUCAGAUGCUCCCUGCUGAGUGUGUGAAGGAGCUGAGCGUGCUGCUGCAGAACCAGGCCCUCCUGCUGCCGUCCCUGAAGCUUCUCCUGGAGAGCCAGGACGAGCAUCUUCACGCGCUGGCCCUGGAGCACGUCACUGCUGUCGCUAAGGUGAAUAACUCAAACUGUGACCAGGAACUUCUCUCCCUGCUCCUGGACGCCAAGCUGUUGGUGAAGUGUGUCUCCACUCCCUUCUACCCGCACAUCAUUGAGCACCUGUUGGCCAGCCCUCAGCAAGGGCGCUGGGAUGCAGAGGAGCUGGCUCGACACCUGCGGGAGGCCGGCCAUGGAGCCGAAGCUGGGUCACUCCUUCUGGCAGCGAGGGGGACUCACCGGGCCUUGAGGACGUUCAGCGCGGCCCUCAGCGCAAGCCAGCACUGGGUGUGAACGCCAGCCCAGGCCCAGGCCCAGGUCCAGGCCCAGGCGCAGGCACGGUCUCCGGUUUCCCAUGCCCUGGUGGACAGGAGCAUUUAGAGCCAAGUGCUGUUCCCAGAGGCUACCUGUGUACCUGUUGAUUGUUCUCAGUGGUCCCAGAAAAUUGGAAAUAAAGAUGUAC